CCCGAGUUUUGUGGACACACAAAAAAAAUCACGACUCCCUCGACCACAAAUUACAAUACCCAAACCAAAACGCCGUGCAGACAGAUUUCUUUUUCGGACAAUAAUUGUGGAGUAACCAUUAACGUAGGCCGGGAAGAUUUCCCAAUUCUAUAAUUUUUUUCUCUCUCUGUUGAUAUUUUUCGCCUUUUCUGUGGAUUCCUUCCAGUUCCCGGUUCACGAUUCACGGCAACGGGCAGCUUUGUUGGGGCCGGUCAACUGACAGAAAAAAAACAUUGAGCGCUGCCGACUCAAAUGCACGCACACGUUUCGGGAGUGGAAUCUCGGAACAAAAAGGCCUUGGGAGUUUCGGACACACAAGAAACAAACCCACCAACAACAAAAUCAUUUCUACGCUGGAUCGCCCAAUACAAAAGCUGGGCGAUGAUCGGGAGGAACAGGAGCGAGACUGGAAUUUGACGGAAAUUUACUUGGGAAAACGAACCACCCACACAGCUUUCACAUUCAUUCAUUCCCCAUUUCUCUGUCACUCACUCAGGUAUGCAAAAUCUGAUUUCCAGUGGAAGAAGAACAGUCAGGAGUUGGUGAAAGUUUCAGUGGUUUGGAAGCUAUGAAGGACGAGGAAUGGUUUGCAAAGUGGGAAGAGGAGCUGCCAUCACCAGAUGAGCUUAUGCCGUUGACCCAGAACCUUAUUACGCCCGAUCUCGCUGCCGCCUUUAAAAUCCACUCCCCGCCGGAAUCUCUGUCUGUGUUUCCCCACCAGGCCCAGCACCACCACCAGGCCCAGCAUCACCAGAGAGCAGAGAAGAGAUUGGGGGAAGCGGAGGAGGAGGAGUCGUCUGUUGGGGGUGGGGGCGGUGGAAGCGGCGGAGGCGGCGGCGGCGGUGGCGGGGAAGAACCAGCGCGGACUCUGAAGAGGCCGCGCCUGGUGUGGACGCCACAGCUGCACAAGAGGUUUGUGGAUGCUGUUGCCCACCUGGGUAUAAAAAACGCUGUGCCCAAGACAAUAAUGCAGCUGAUGAAUGUGGAGGGACUGACCCGUGAGAAUGUUGCGAGCCAUUUGCAGAAAUACCGGCUUUAUUUGAAGCGAAUGCAGGGGCUUUCUUCGGAAGGGCCGUCUUCCUGUGAUCAUCUUUUCGCUUCCACGCCUGUGCCGCCCAGCCAUUUUCUUCACCGCGAGGAUAUGAUGCUGCCGCUCGUUUCCAUGCCGCAUAUACCCUCUGCCUCACACUACGCUGCCUUCGAUCCCAGGUUCCUCAGCGGCCUCCCCAGGCAACCUCCACCUCCUGCUCCGCCUCCUCAGAGAAUGGCCAUGGCCCCUUCUCCCUCUGCCUCUGCUUUUACUCGAGGUGAGUAUGUUAUGGUCGACGAUUUGAGCACCGUUAGCUCCGCUGCUCCUCGCCAGGUGCUCACUCUCUUCCCCAACAGCGACAAUUAAUUCAGGGAUACGCGCCCCCAAGUUCUCAUCGCUUCUCCUUUCUCGUUCUGAUGUAAAAUAUUCUGUGUUUGUCAGUCUAUCUGCUAUCCUAUCUAUCAUCGCCUCAUAAAAUUUCAAGGUUAUGAGAAUGGGCAUGUUGCUACCACUUGCUCUGCUUUUAAUUUCUGUAUUCGUUGCGAACUUCA